UACUAUAUUUUGUAGAUGACGGAACACCUUAGAGGUAUCAAUACAACAGCAGGCUUAAGGAGAGAGAGAGACCCUAAGAAACAUAAGUGCACCACUGAAAUCAAUAUCAAGUGUGCCAGAGCCAGGACUAUAGUAUUUAGCUAAAAACAAGAAUCAGUGUAUCUUCUUUGCUAGAUCCUGAGAUCCUAAUAUUUAUUUUCCCUGAUCUACAUGUUCUAACCUGACAUUCUGUAGGCAGGAGGAUCUGCCAGUGCAGGUCAGUACGCAGGAAACUACCCCAGAAACCAUCAGAAGAGCCAUCUCUAGCCUUGCACUAAGUGCCAGCAGCCCUUUCCAGCAGAGAACAGUGCUUCUGGUUUUACUCCUUGUGUCACAUCAUGCACCUUAGAUCUGCUCCUCUCCUGCGAUGUCAGCAAGUAGUCCUCUUUGUCCUUCACAAAGUUUUUUCAGGGAAAAAUAGAACAACAACAAAAAACACUGCUGGCCAUCUGCUUCUUCUGGUGUUUAAGCAACAAGUCUCCUUGUCACUACUCUCCGAGAUGCUCUCCAGAGACAGGUAAGAUAUCCAGGCUCUUUUCACACAUGUAAGGGAUGAGUCCAUCUAAGCUCUUUUUAUCCAUGUAAGGCACAAGUCCCGUGUGACUGAACAGAUACAGUUAAACCACGGAGAAUGGCCUGCUCUUCCUUAGAUUUACAUGGUGUCUCAGCUGCUGCAGGAACUGAAGCAAGACAAGGAUCCACAAUGAUGCCUGAGAAACACCCAGAGGAGGCUAAUAUCACUCAACCAAUUCUGGAACUGAAGUGAGAGGAGGUUCCAGAAGGCCAGUAAGUAAGGGUGUGUGCGAAAUGAAGAUUUAGACAAGAUACUAUUAGGAAAUCAUGACAGAGCUCAGGGUGGUGAGGCCCUGGCACAGCUGCGUUGCCCCAUCCCUGGAGAUACUCAUGGCCAGAGAUGCCCUACGCCAACCAAGCAGGUGAGGGGCAGCCCUACCCACGGCAUGGGGUUGGAACUGGGUGGGCUUUCAGGACCCUUCAGACCCAAGCAGUUCUGUGAUUCUAUGUGCAUCUGUGGCCCCAGAGUGUUAUUUCACCUUAACCCCCACCAAGUGGAUUUGCGAAUCUAGGUCAGCCACCCUGCUGAAAGGACACAACACCGCAACCCCGGCAGACCUUUAUUUCCCUCUUUCCUCUUUAUCUAACGCCUUUGUUAUAAUUAGAUGCAUUCUCAUACGCUUCCCUCAAGCCCCAAAUGCACCCCGUCGUAUCACAGGCGUGCAGCUGACACACAUCGUUCAGCUGAAGGACGCUGCACUCCCGCAUCUCCUCCAGGCCUGCCAUCGCGGUCAGCUUGCCGGACGCUGUCAGUACUGACAGCCGGGACAGCGAGCUCCUCCCCGCGUCCGAGGGCAGACAGCAACCCGGAGAGCAAGGCGCCGAGGGGCAGCGGGUUAAAAAACGCCGAGCUGCAGCGGAAAACCACACCCGCCUCAACGAACGGCCGCCCCGGCGAAGGCGGGGGGUGGGCGGGAAGCCUUUGAGGUUGCGGGCGGAGCCGGCCUGCCUCCGCCCCAUCCCUCCCGAGGCCGGCGGCGGCGGCAGCGGGGAAGCGGCGGCGCUGCGUUCCUCCGAGCUCCACGGGACUCGAGGUGUCUUUAAUAACCAUGAGCAACCCUUUUGUACAGAUUGUGGAGCCACUAGAUGCUACACAGCCUCUGAAGAAGUUCUUUAAUCUGAGCAAAUUGGAAGACGUGAGAUAUGGACGCCUUCCAUUUUCUAUUCGAGUCCUCUUAGAAGCAGCGAUACGAAACUGUGAUGAGUUCCUAGUGAAGAAGCAAGAUGUUGAGAAUAUUCUCAACUGGAAAGUGGUGCAACAUAAGAAUGUUGAAGUGCCAUUUAAGCCUGCACGAGUUAUUCUGCAAGAUUUCACAGGGGUACCUGCUGUUGUUGACUUUGCUGCAAUGCGUGAUGCUGUGAAGAAACUUGGUGGGGACCCUGAAAAAAUCAAUCCUAUCUGUCCUGCUGAUCUAGUGAUAGAUCACUCCAUCCAGGUUGAUUUUAACAGGCGAUCAGACAGCUUGCAAAAGAAUCAGGAUUUGGAAUUUGAAAGGAACAAAGAAAGGUUUGAGUUCUUAAAGUGGGGCUCUCAGGCUUUUAAAAACAUGAGGAUUAUUCCACCAGGCUCCGGGAUCAUCCACCAAGUGAACCUGGAAUACUUAGCAAGAGUGGUGAUGGAUCAGGAUGGCUACUACUAUCCCGACAGUGUGGUGGGCACUGACUCGCACACCACCAUGGUAGAUGGCUUGGGAGUACUUGGCUGGGGUGUUGGUGGCAUUGAAGCAGAAGCAGUGAUGUUGGGUCAGCCGAUCAGCAUGGUGCUUCCAGAAGUGGUUGGUUAUAAGCUGCUAGGAAACCCUCAGCCCCUGGUAACAUCUACUGACAUAGUGCUCACCAUUACCAAGCACCUUCGCCAAGUCGGAGUCGUGGGUAAAUUCGUGGAGUUCUUUGGCCCUGGUGUAGCCCAGCUGUCAAUUGCUGACCGAGCCACCAUUGCCAAUAUGUGUCCAGAGUAUGGAGCAACAGCUGCCUAUUUCCCAGUGGAUGAUAUCAGCAUUGGAUACCUGGUGCAAACAGGCCGUGAUAAAGAGAAAGUUCUGUGCACCAAAAAAUAUCUUGAGGCUGUGGGAAUGCUGAGAGAUUUCAAGAACUCCUCUCAGGAUCCAGACUUCACACAGGUUGUUGAGUUGGAUCUUCAUACUGUUGUGCCUUGCUGCAGCGGACCAAAAAGACCCCAGGACAAAGUUGCUGUGUCAGAUAUGAAGAAGGACUUUGAGACUUGUCUGGGAGCAAAGCAAGGAUUCAAGGGAUUCCAGAUUGCCCCAGAUCGACACAACAGCAUAGUCAAAUUUAACUUUGAGGGCUGCGACUUCGAGCUAUCUCAUGGCUCAGUAGUGAUUGCUGCCAUUACAAGCUGUACUAAUACCAGUAACCCCUCAGUCAUGUUGGGAGCAGGAUUGCUUGCCAAGAAAGCUGUUGAAGCUGGUUUGACAGUGAAGCCUUACAUUAAAACUAGCCUGUCCCCAGGAAGUGGAGUUGUCACUUACUAUCUGAGAGAGAGUGGAGUCAUGAGUUACCUUUCUCAACUAGGGUUUGAUGUAGUGGGUUAUGGCUGUAUGACUUGUAUUGGCAAUAGUGGACCCUUGCCAGACUCCGUUGUUGAAGCCAUUUUACAGGGAGACCUCGUAGCAGUGGGUGUUUUGUCUGGCAACAGGAACUUUGAAGGGCGUGUGCAUCCCAACACCCGUGCUAACUACCUAGCCUCUCCACCACUGGUGAUAGCCUACGCAAUUGCAGGAACUGUCCGGAUUGACUUUGAGAAAGAGCCUUUGGGAAUAAAUGCUUCAGGGAAGAAGAUUUUCCUGAAAGACAUCUGGCCAACACGAAAUGAGAUACAGGCUGUUGAGCGUCAGUUUGUUAUUCCUGGGAUGUUCAAGGAGGUCUACCAAAAAAUAGAGACAGUAAAUGAAUCUUGGAAUGCCUUAGAUGCUCCCUCAGACAAGCUAUAUACUUGGAAUCCAAAGUCAACUUAUAUCAAGUCUCCACCUUUCUUUGAUGGUCUGACUUUGGCUCUGCAGAAGCCCAAAACUAUAGAAGAUGCUUAUGUCCUAUUGAAUUUUGGAGAUUCUGUGACAACGGACCACAUAUCACCAGCUGGAAAUAUAGCAAGGAAUAGUCCUGCAGCCCGUUAUUUGACCAGCAGAGGCUUGACUCCUCGAGAGUUCAAUUCCUAUGGUUCUCGCAGAGGGAAUGAUGCUGUCAUGGCCAGAGGAACAUUUGCAAACAUUCGUCUGGUGAAUAAAUUUAUUGAUAAACAGGGACCUCAAACUGUCCAUUUCCCUUCAGGAGAAACACUGGAUGUGUUCGAUGCUGCAGAAAGAUACAAGCAGGCUGGCCAUCCAUUGAUUGUGCUUGCUGGGAAGGAAUAUGGUGCAGGAAGCUCAAGAGACUGGGCAGCCAAAGGGCCGUUCCUCUUGGGCGUCAAGGCUGUGCUUGCUGAAAGCUAUGAGAGGAUUCAUCGGAGCAACCUUGUAGGGAUGGGAGUGAUUCCUCUGCAAUAUUUACCUGGGGAGGAUGCAAGGACUUUAGGACUCAGUGGAAGAGAACGUUACACAAUUAUAAUUCCUGAGAAUCUAAAACCACAGAUGAAUAUCGAGAUCAAGCUGGAUACUGGAAAAACCUUUCAUGCCAUCAUGAGGUUUGACACGGACGUGGAACUCACUUACUUCCACAAUGGAGGCAUUCUGAACUACAUGAUUCGUAAAAUGGCAUCAUAAUCAAAAAUACUGGGCACAGCCUCGCAGGUACAGGCCUGCUUUUGGUGAGCACGACAAAACUAAUCAGUAAUAAUGAAGUUAGAAGAACGAACCGUAAACUGAACAGUGGUUUCUUGGAUUUUUGUUCUUUUAAACAGGCCUUUUGAAAGGCUUGCUGACCAUGCUGAAUGAUUCUGUGUAUCAGGAAACUUGUCACUUUUGCCCAUUAAAGAAAACAACUUUUUUUUAGUUUUGAAUGGCAACUGAAAAUUGUAGUUGGAUUUGAUUUACUUUACGUGGUGCAAAAGUCAUUAAAAUGCUGACAGAAUCUGUGGAACUAUUGAAGAUCAUAUGCUGGUUUUUAUGUAUUUGGUCCAUUUCCUUUGACUGCUAAGUUCAGUUCUGUGUUAUAUUUAGUGGUCCAAAAACUAACUGACAGCAUACGUUUAAUUUUUAUUCCUUCCUGAUUAUCUGAUAUUGACUUCCUUUCUUAUCCAGCUGACCAGAUUCUGAAUCUAAUAUUGAAAUUAAUCAUCUAGCUGUUUAUUAAUUCAAAAGAAAUGUGAGCUCUGUUACUUUAAAAUCUAAGCCUUUGUGGAAAGGUGGACCUAUGGGGAUAAUAUUUCUAAUGGAUAAAAUUAAACUUAUUUUCAAGGA